CGCCGCCAUCAUCCUCCUGAUCACUUCCUGCCACCGGCGGCAGCCGCAGCCGGGAGGAGCCGGCGGGAAGGAGGGAAGGAAGCAGGAAAGGCCGCCCGCCCGCCCGAUCCAGGCCCAGCGAGACCCGCCCGCGCAGAUGUGCCCUCUUUUGGAUUUGUAAGGAUUAGCUGAGCCAUGUCACAGAUGUUGCACAUAGAAAUUCCCAAUUUUGGGAACACCGUUUUGGGCACCCUAAAUGAGCAGCGGUUGCUGGGACUCUACUGUGAUGUCUCCAUUGUUGUGAAGGGACAAGCUUUCAAGGCCCACCGGGCGGUCCUGGCUGCCAGCAGCCUCUACUUCAGAGAUUUGUUCAGUGGGAACAGCAAAAGUGCAUUUGAGCUCCCAGGGUCAGUGCCCCCAACUUGCUUCCAGCAAAUCCUUUCCUUUUGCUACACUGGGAAGCUGACUAUGGCUGCCAGUGAGCAGCUUGUUGUGAUGUACACAGCUGGCUUCCUCCAGAUCCAGCACAUUGUGGAGAAAGGAACAGACUUGAUGUUCAAAGUGAGCUCUCCUCACUGUGAUUCCCAAACCACCAUGAUAGAAGAUCCUAGCUCAGAACCACAAAGUCCUAGCAAUCCAUUGCAGGUCACUCCUGUGCCCUAUGUCAUGUCCCCUUCCAUGCCCAUCCCAUUACUUACCCGGGUCAAACAUGAAAAUCUGGAGCUGCAGCCCACAGUAACGCCAGGCCUAGCUGCCAAAAGGUCCCUGGAGGCUGGGUUGCGGGAGACACUUGGUGGGGGCUCUUCCGGCACCACUUCCCUGAAGUUAUCUCGUGUUUCCUACUAUGGAGUGCCCAACCUCACCACUCUUCUCCCAAACAUAGCACCAGUGCAGUACUCUCAAGGGGAGAGAACCAGCCCUGGGGGCUGCAGCCUCCCAACCACUGACAGCCCUACGUCCUAUCACAAUGAAGAUGAAGAAGAAGAGGAUGAAGCUUAUGACACCAUGGUGGAAGAACAGUAUGGACAGAUGUUCAUCAAAUCCACAGGUGGCUAUGCAGGUGAGGAACCUGCAAGUGUGUUAUUUCCAUCUGAGUGUCUUUUCCUCUAAGAUAGCCCUCCUCUUUUAGUCUUUAGAAAAGCAACUAGUUUUGAUGUCAAGCAUUUAAACAGAAUUAUUGACAUUAAGCAUAUGUUGCUUUUUAAUUAUUUUUAUAUAUUAUUUAUUAUUUUUUUAGAAAUCAAUUUAUGAAAUGCCAGAGAGUUAAAGCUCAUCAGACCUCGGAGCUUAGCAAAAUUGGUACUUGGGCAGGAGAGACCCCCAAGGAGGACUCUGCAGUAGUUUUAGUUCAUUAUUGUUGAGCUUUUUAACUGUGGAAUUGAAAGUUUUUUAAUUGUUAUGGAAGACUUGUUGGUAAUGUUGGAAACCGCCCUGAGCUUUUAUAGGGAUAAGUCAAAUCUGCAGACGACUGCAGUGGCAAACCACCUCCGUUUCUCACUUACUGGGGUUGCUACAAGUUGGUGUGACUUGAUGACCCAUAACACGUCUGUACAAAAUACUAGUAGAAAAUAUACUAAUAUCCGUUUGCAAUUAUUAAUUAAAAACACCAGUAUAAUGAU